CCUCACCAAGAACGGUCACACAGCUUGAAUCAACGUCACCAAGUGCACCAUGGAUGUUUCGGCUCUUUCGGGACCAAAUUUUAGUCCUGCGGAGUGGAUAAACGCCAACUACAAGAAGUUUGUGGAGGAGAAUGGCCGGGACGACAGCGACGCCGCCUCCUCCUUCAUCCGGAGCUACGUGGCCAAGCUACAGCUGUACAUAUUCAACGUAAACAAUGCUGUGGAGGAGUCCAGUCGCCAGGUGGUGGCCAGCAUGCCGAGGAUCGCCAAGGAGUCGGCUGCCCUGCAAGGAGACGUCCGCCGGCUGCAGGAGAAGAUGAGUGCCAUGCGCUUGGAGGUGGCUGCGGUGCAGAACGAAACCGGCGAGUGCAUGGCCACCUUGGAGCGGCUCAACACCAAGAGUCAGAAGCUCCAAGUGGCCAAGGAGUCGCUACAAGAGUCGGAUGGCUGGGGAAAUCUCCUGGCCGAGCUGGAGGAUGGUUUCGAGCGCAAUGAUCUAAAGGGAGUCUGCGACAAGUUGAUAGCCCUGCAAAAGUCGCUGCACGCCCAGGAGCAGUUGCCAGGACAUGCCGAGCGACAGACCCAAGUGGAGGACUUCAAGAACCGCCUGGAGGCCCUGGCCUCGCCCAGUGUGGUUCAGUGCUUUGCAGAGGGCAAUACGGAGCAGGCCCAGCACUAUGUCCAGAUCUUCACCAGCAUACAGCGGCUGCCGCAACUCCAGCAAUAUUACCGAGCUGUGCAGAAGAACUUUUGGCAGCAGCAAUGGAAGCAGACUCUGGAGCUGCAAGGCACGGACCACUCUCAGCAGCAGCAGCAACAGUUCCUCACUCUCUACUACGAUCAGCUGCUGGAGCACUGCCAACGCCAGGUCAAGUGGUGCUCCAAUCUCUUCGGCGAGGACAACUUACAGCCAUUUCUGGUGAUUGCUGAACUUCUGCCGGCAUUGCAACCCACGAGGGAUGCUCAUAUCCUACAGCUUUUAAAGACUUCCAAUGAAAGAUUAGAGAUGCUGGCCUUGUUCGCCCAGGUGAAUCACAGUUUUGUGUUGCACUUGAACUCCUUGCUGGAGCAGUCGCACAUUACGUUGUCCGAGGAACUGCAUCGCCUUCUAGGCGAGGCGAUUUUUGAGUAUUUCCACAAGUUUAUUCCAUAUCCGCGCUUGGAGGAGACCCAGCUAUCCACGCAGGUGGAUCGCCUUUCAUCCAAUCAGGCCACUCCCAGUGACGGUGUGCGUCAUCUGGAGGAGAGUACACGGAAACUUUACGAGUGGCUAAAAGAGGCCUGCGAACGCUGUGCCUCGAUAACCAGUGACUUGGCUCUUUGUAAACUCAUAAACCUGCUAAACGGCAUCUUCAAGCGACAGCUGGAGAGUUUCGGACGCAUCCAACGACAGAUUGGACUCAGUCUGGGAUCCAGCAGUUAUGCAGCACAGAGUGAAAACUGGUCUCUGCUGCAGUACACCAUGUCGCAGUUGCAAUGUCUGGCCGACUUUCAGGUGCAGCUGCAUCAAUUUGAACAGGACUUGCACACACGCAUGGUGUCUUUGUCCAACAAGCUGACCAAACCGUCUAAUCGAGGACCCAUCACCAUUUUCCAGACCUGCGAUCAUGCGGCUCGCACGCAGCUGUUGAACAGCAUAGCAGACUUUCAGCAAAAGAAGUCGGAGGCCACCGAUAGCCUGGGUAUCUUUCCACAGAUUUAUGCCACUUUAAAAAGUCACUUUGCCGAUACACACGACAUAACGCUCAAUAUAUUACUGCAGCCCAUUGAGACCCACUUGGCGCACAUUCGCCCGCCUGUCCAGGAUCACGCUUCGUCAGGCAUUGAUAUGCCCUCAUUCAGCUUUGCCCCGCAGGAGAGCAUCACCCAGAUCGGUCAGUACCUGCUCACCUUGCCGCAGCACCUGGAACCGCUGCUGCUGUCGCCAUCAUCUUUGCUGAAGCAGGCUCUGGAGGUGUGCAACAUUAAGUAUACCCAAGCCAUUCCCUGUGCCGACGUCCUGCUCUCCCUGGUUGUGGAGCAGUGCUGCGUUUUGUACCAGGCGCAGAUUCUGCAGAUUAAGUCGCUGCCCGCCUCCUCGGCCACUCAGCUCAGCGUGGAUAUUGAGUACCUUUCGAACGUGCUUGAGGAGCUCGGCUUGUCCAUCAACCUGCAGUUGUCCCAGAUCCUCACGCUGCUAAAGGCUGCUCCAGAUCAGUACCUCACCCUCAGCAGCGGGUGCGAGCCGCGUCUGGUAACGGCUAUUCGGCAAAUGCGCAAUAUUAUAUCUACUCAGUAGAUAUGAAAUAGGUAUAUUAAAUAAUCGAACUAAUAUAUUUAAAAUGUAUUGUACUUUAAACUA